AAACGGAACAUGGUGAAAUCAUUCACUCCUAUGCUCACUGAAUUGUGUUAAAAGAAAAAUAAUUAUUAUGAUUUACAUCUUUAAAAAUUAUGUGUAUGUAUAUAAAUACAUGCAUGUAAAAUUAUGAUAUAUACUAAUUUAUACGAUAUAGCGUGCGUGUAUGUGUGUGUGUGAGAGACAGUAAUAACCCACAAACUUUCCCUAAGAAACUGAAAUGUUUCUGCUGAAAUUAACGAGCCGCGGAUCAACUCCUCCAUGACGUCAUCAGCGCGCGCCGCUGGGCUUCAGUCUGCUGGCCUCUGGAAUGGGCAGAUAUCACCAGCCCAUAUUUCACCAUUGAUUUACUGCACGAACUCCACCGAGAGUCUGUAUUUCUGCCCGUCGUCCACACGAUGCAAUGCGGAGGUAAGGUGAUGGAAGAGGCCAGCGGGAGGUUCUCAGAGCUGAUUCCAGUGGUGCUAUUUCCGCGGCUGUCAGGCUUUGUCCCUUCCUCUGUUCAGUAACAGCACCCAUUCUCAUCCCGAAUCACCAUGAAACCAGUCCAUGAGCGCAACCAGGAGUGCCUCCCUCCCAAGAAGCGGGACCUCCCUGUUAACAACAACAACAACAACACCUCCACCAACAACAACAGCAGCAGUAGCAUCAGCGGCGGAGCGGGAGGCAGUGGAAUUGGGAGUGGAGGAGGAGGUGAGGAUGGCCCAUCUUCACAAAGCUCUGGAGUGAGCGGAGAAGGCCAAAGUGGUAGUGGCGAGUGGGUGCGAGCCCAGCCGAGCGUGCAUUAUGGGGUGGAGGGUGCUGAGGGUCUCAUCGGGGUACCCGUGGAUCAGUAUAGCAUGCUCUAUAAAGUAGCUUUGCCCGCUGGCACCUACUCACCCACCAGUCUGCACCCUGUUCUUAGCCACAUUUCUCCUGCCUACAACGUACCUUCCUCGGUGUUACAGCAUACGAGUGUUCCCUACCCUCCGCAUGGCUACACCCAGAUCCCACACUCCUCCUUGCAGUUUGUUAGCUCUCCGUACGCGACCGCGGUUCCCUACGCCUUGCCUCCGGGAUUUGUUCCCAGUCCCUUAAUGCCACCUCAGUCCGCCAUUUCACAGCCACACCUGGUUCCAUACCCAUCAGUGAUUCAGGAAGGAGUGGUCUCGUCCCCUCCGCAGCAGCAGGUCUCGUACACCAAAAUGCUCCCGUCUGAGCAGGCGGCGGCACUCGGGACUGUAGGGAUGCUGUCUGCCGGGGAGCUCAGCCCGAGAGGCGUGCCUGUGUUCUACAACCCCGCCGUCAGGGGCGUCCAACCUCAACGAGACCUGCACAGCAGCUCCCUAGAGCAGGAAAGGGAGGUGAAUGGUGGGGACAGAGACCACGGAGGCAGGGAGAGCCAUCAGGAUGCAGUUUAUUCGGCCAGAAGUGCACGGAUGCUGCAGGCAGCUGCGCUGGAGGCCCAGCAAGACAAGAGCUUGAAAAGCCGCAGGCCGGAGGGCAGAAUGUCGCCAGGACAGAGCAGCACGCCAGACACUGAUCUCGAGGUGAGGAACGGAUGGUUAACUAUUGGAUCAAUGUGUUAUAAUGUCCAGCAGGUGGUUGGACGACUGGCCUCUCCUGUCCAUGGCACGAGUCGCAAGGAAGCAGCACAUGUCCCUCUGAACCUGUCUCAAAGCUCUCAAAGGAGUCGAGAGACUCAGAGCGAAGUCAGAACAGCAUAUGCAUUAAAUCCUGCUGAAUCCAGAGCUCAUCAGCAGCAUAUCGUUCAACAAGGUCAUGCCGUGAUCUUGGCCAAUGGGCAGCCUGUUCUCGUGCCCCUGGACUACCAUCACCACCAACAGCAGCAGCAGCAACAGCAGCAGCAUUAUCAAUCCAACGAUGUGGCCUCACCAGCCAUCGUUGCUUCUCAAGCUACAUAUACAAAAGCCAUGGAUGCAGCAGCGUGUCUCCCGGAGCGGGCGGUGGCAGAGCUGCCUCCCCAACACGGUCAGCAGCUUCCCACUCCAACUCCUGGUGCUUUACCACAGGCUCCUCUACUGGCACCCACCGGCCCGUCGCACUUCAUGAAGGGCGCCAUCAUCCAGUUGGCUACCGGAGAGCUCAAGCGUGUGGAAGAUCUGCAGACUCAGGACUUUGUGCGGAGCGCAGAAGUGAGCGGUGGGCUUAAGAUCGACUCGAGCAUGGUGGUGGACAUCCGUGCUAGUCAGCGGCCUGGCCUAGUGGCGCUGCAUUUCAACGUAGGGGAGCAGCAGAGCAAAGUGACUAUAGAUGUUCCCCCCGAACACCCAUUUUUCGUUUUCGGACAGGGCUGGUCGUCCUGUAGCCCCGAGCGGACUGCCCAACUGUACGGUCUCACCUGCCACCAUCUGCAAGUGGGUGAUGUCUGCGUGUCCGUGACGCUGCAGCAGCAAGCCGCGUUACAGCAGAAACCGCCGCAGCAAAUGCAGGCCCGGACUCCCACCAAAGCCAACUCCACGUCAGGAGCCCCACCUCAGCCCAUGGGCCCCCCUGCGCCCCAGCACACCCCUCGGCCACCAAACCAAUUAAAGAUGGAGCGCAUCCACAGAGAGAGGGACAGAGACAAGGAAGAGACCAUGCAGGUCGGGGGUCUUCGACAUAUCGAUGCGCCCCCCAGACCGAACAGGACUUCAGCAGAGCACACUCGGAGCCAGAGCAACUACUAUUUGCACACUGAGGGUCAUGCUCCACCGGGAACCGGAGCGGGAGCCUCUUCCGUAGGGGCGUCCCAGAGGCGCUGGUCUGCCCCUGGCUUCCAAAGAUACAGCAUCAAGAAUGAGGACGGAAGUUUAGCCUCAGCUGCCACCUCUAGCUCCUCUCGGCCAUCGUUUAUCCCUCAGGAGGUCAAGCUAUCCAUCGAGGGGCGCUCGAACGCCGGCAAGUAGCAGCAAACACAAAAGAGAUUGUCUUUGGGAGUGAAGUGUCAGUCGGAUGCGAAAGAGGGAGCGUGGUCGGAGGGAGAGAGAAUGUAGCCUCAGAAUGUUUGAGAUUUUGCACAUAUUGGAAGAUUCCCCCUGCCGCCCCCUUCUCCAGUUCUCUUCGGUUCUGGUCUCGAGCAGAGGACUUUUUUUGCCAGGUCAUAGUCAGAGUUCGCAAUGAUCUGCAUGGGCAGCUUUAUCUGGUAAAUCACGUACCAAAGCCUGCAUCGUCUGCGUGUUCCUGUGGGUGAACUAUCAUGUUUUGGCAGUGAUCACUUGCAUAAAGGUAUCUUGCAGUUCCUCAAGUAGAUGUUUAUUUCAGAAAGGCCAGGGAUAAGAAUGGGAUACAGCCAUAGAAUCUUGACAAGCCUUUACAAUAAUAAUAAAUAUAUAUUUUGAAGAAGGACAAAAGAGGAUAGAUUGCUCAACAACUUUUUUUUUCCCUAAAAGACAGGCUCUUUCUCUCUAAACAUUGACGGUUUCCCUUGUUGCGCUGCCAGGCUUUUAUUGGCGAAGACCUUAAAACUUGGACAGUUUUUAAUGCGCCUCUCUCUAGAGGUGUGUUUGUCCUCAUUUUCCUACACUCUCCUCCUCUCCCUGCCUCUUCUCAGGGUGCUUCUGCUGAGGACUCCUUUCUAGUCUGGAGUUUGAGAACAGUUGCCCAGCAUCGUCACGUCAAUCAGUUGAUCCAACAAUCUUUCUACAAUCAGGAACUAUUUCCAGAUGAAGUCUCACACGCAUCUUAACAGUUGCAUUAACGACUCCUCAGAGGUUUUUAGUUUUGAUUCAGCAGUGGCUCUGAAUCUGCAUUCCAGUUUCAAUGUGAUCUCUCCUCCUCAACCAUUGGAGUUAUCAUCUCCCAGUAAGGCUGGCCUAGGAAAACGCCUCUAAAUAGUACCUCAUGGUUGGAAGCAUCCUUCAGUCUGAUUAUUAACUUUUUUUUUUUUUAAUCCUACGUUGUUGUGCCCCUUUCCUGGAGUCAACAUGUGGUGUCAGCCAAAAUCAGCCGUGCUUGCGAAGCUGAGACCAAAUGUGCAACAGGUUCUAGUCGUUUGCGGACGGCUUGUUCCUGUGGAAAUGGAUUGUUGCUCUGAAGGUUUAAAUGAAAUCGUCCUGUUGGAAGUGUUUAGCACAGACAAGUGUAGAUUCACUGCUGUUGGGUGUGGACUGACCCUGCUCAGUUAUCAAAAUCAAAGCAAUAGUUGUUUUUCAUGUUGUUGUUUUUUAAAUCCCGUAUAAGAUAGAUUACUCCUUGUAUUUCGAUUUUUUUUCUAUGUGCAGCGUUUGCAGUCUGUAUGUAAAGACCUUUUUAUUCUUAUCCUGCACUUCUCUUGAUUUUCUAAGAUAAUGCAGUUUUACUUUGUGAUAAUACUCACUCUUAACAGUUACUACAGGAGUUCAUUACAAGCAUGCAAUUACCCCUAAAACAACAUCCUCUUUCUUUUAGGCAUAUUUUCUGACCAGUAGUGUCUUCAGAGAUGACUAAUAUUAAAUCACACCUCGAAAUGGGGCUUUUCUGAAACACCCGCUGAUUAGGAUGUUCAGAAUCAGCUCUUGCUAUUUAUAUAAAGACCUUGGCCUUGGUCUACCUUACAUUACGUCCUAACCAGGUAUGACACGAUAAAACAGGUGAUGCUCGAGUUACAUUGUGUUGUGUCUGCAAAGAGCACCAAGCAACUUUGUCUGUCACUUUUGUUGGUUCUUGUUUUUGUGGUGGGAAGCUCCGCCUACCGUGAAAUCUCUUUGGUCCAAAAUCCUUUCAUAGGUUUUGUGUCACAGGGUGCAGCGUUUUUGCUUUCAGUUUGGAUGGACAAAUUACUCAUCACUGUAAACUUGUCACGUCAUGUCUGGUUAGGACCAGUUUUGAACCGUGAACUCAUCUCGAAAGAGGAAAGAGCUUCAUUAAUACAGUUUGUAAUUCAGAUCUGUGCUGAGGUUUUUAUGGUUUCUUCUUUGGUUUCUGUAAUUGGUGAACUCUUGUACAGUAUUGCGUUCUGUCUCUCUUCUUGGCAAUAUUACCCACGAGUGAUUUUUAAAACUUGUACUGCAGGUCUUGUAUUGCACAGAUAAGUUCAAUUGAUUCACACUGACUCUUUAACAGGAAUCAGAUAUGAUGUGUUUUGAUGUUUUUGUUUUUUUAAUAAUGAAGGGAAAGUGUUUGUUGUUUUGAAGUAUUCAGUUUUGUUGGUGGUUUUUGGCUCAUGAGAAACUGACAGGCAAGGUUGACACUGUUUACACAUUAGCCAAGAGAAAAUGCUGCAGUUUCACUUUUCAUAGUUACUGAACAUUUUCAGAUGGAUGAAAUCAUGACUUAAGUGCAAUUAGACCAAAUAAUAUAAACAUUAGGAAGAUUGUGUUUUGUUUCAAAACAGCAUUCCAGAAAAGAGCCUGACAUUCCCACUUUUCCUUUUGUUGUUGUUGUUGUUGUUUUUGUAAUGUUUCUCCAACCCCCCAAUGUUUUGCCUCCACUUUCUACUUGUCAGAUGCAAAUUUUCGUUUCCAUUUUGGCUCAAGUUCUUUAAUGAGACCUUUGAUAUUUCUCUGCGUUGUUGGCUCUUGGCAUUGCUGGGCUGUCUUGUGUUUGGGCCACGAUUUAUUUGAACAGUUUUUGGACUCUCACUAUCACUCAAGGCUUUAAGAGAAGGGUUUUUUUUUUCUUUUUGGUAAAAAAAUAAUAUAUAUUUUUUAUAUAAAUGUAGCGCUAGCGUUUGACUAGUUAGAUUUAGACUUCCUGCAUCAACCUCAAUGAUACAACAUGUCUGUGUGCAGUUCUAAAACCUCUUAAUGUUGAAGAGAAGUUCGGAAGAGGUAUUAAAAAGGGUCAUCGCUUGAGCUCACAGGACGAAUUAUGUGGAUACAAACCUACCUGGUUGUACCAACAAGUCUGAUUCAGACAAAGUGAAGAAAUGGCAAUGUGUGUAUCGAGUAUAACAGUAUUUGGUUUUGAUCACCCUACAUUGGUUCAAAUCCAUUUGUUGUUUAUGAAGCAUUUCAUCUGUUAAUAUUUUGUUUGGAGACAUACUGUUCCCUCUCAAAAGGAGUCCCACUUUCAUGCUAUUUAUAAUCUGGUCUCAAAUCUAGUUCAUGUUAUUUCUUCCUUUCUCUUUUCCCUUUGUCCCAAAAUGUUUCGGUGGCACUUUGGACACCGUUUAAGAUAGUUCACAGAGGACACUUCACUUUACUGUGGACAGCCAGCCAAAGUGAGCUGCCCAAAAGGGUCACAACAGUCAUCUAAGGCCUUGCAGACACAAAUUUAGUCUGUUCAUGACUGGGAAAAACAUCGUAAACCUGCCUAAUCUGGUCUGCUGGUCUUCAGCCUGGUCAAGUGCAUAUGGUUUGCUGGUUUUAAAGAGGUUUUGGAUUUGGUCAACCGGCUUGGGAGACCAACUUUGACUGGUUUCAAGUUGUUAGGUUCACAGACGGGGAAAAAUGAUAAGAAUGCCGAUGUUGUUAUUCAAAUUUAGGAUCUGUUCCUUUUUUUUUUUUUUUUUUUUUUUUUUUUUUUUAAGUAUUACAUUUGAAUGAAGCAAUACUUGACUCGAAUUAGCAGAUAGAUUCAGCUUUAGCAUGAGCUAUGCAGUAGAGAUGCAGUCAGCACCCUAUGCGUAAUGCAGUUUCAACAAUCUCACCAGUUCAUCUGUGGUCUGCUGCGUUUCAAGAAACAUUUCGAUGGCGUUGCACAUUUGGAUUUUCUCUAGUAACCCACAGGCUCGGUGACCUUUAUGGUAGUGGUUAGUUAUGUCACUGCCAAGUCACAUAACUUGAAGCUUAUCUAUUAUCGCUUGUUUGGUGCUGUAUUUUUAUUUUUUGUCAGCAAUGGUGCACUGUUCUCGGUCUUCUCAAAUGCACUGCCUUACCAGCCGUCUCUCGUCGAGAUGAAAUCUCCCACCUGCAAACUUCAUGGCGGAGAUGGACUGAGUUCGCUUUCAUUAAGAACUGAGCUACUACCUUGUGCACUGUAACCAAGAAGAGUUGACGCUAUGUUUGUGCCUUCCCAAUGUCUUAACUUUACUCUGGUCUGUCUUAUUAAGCUUUGUUCUCUGGGAGAUUUGCAUGUCUCCAGUUUGCUCUUACCUUCAUCACAUGACAUUUAUCAAUCUUGCUGGCUUUAAAAUACUUCUGUACUGUUGAGGGCCAUUUUGAUCCUAUCUAUACUGCAACAUCAACUUUUCUGCCUGAAACUUCAUGGCAUCCCAAAUACCUAAAAUUAGAAAUAGAAACAAUACAAUAGAAAAUGAAUAAUAGAGUGCUGUAGUGAUGACACAUUUUUGUAGGCCAACCUGGAAGUUAGCAUCACCCUGCUUUCCUCAAUAGAAUUUUUCCAUUGGCUUUUGGAUUGUUGCAGAAAAUAAGCUCUGUGACCCAAAAAAAAUUAUAAUCCUUGCAUGUUUUGUUCAUCAUGAUAAUCUUCACAAAUGAAUACAACUUUUAUGAGUUUUGAAGCCUAAAUGCAGUCACCAGAAGUAAAAUGCUAAACGAUCUACGAAACUGUCGGGUGUCGUCAACGUCACCACCAUUAAGCUUCCGACAACACUUCUAUCUUUAGUUUUUUUUUUUGUUUUUUUUAAUUUCCCUGAAGUUAAAAUAGUUUGCAAGAGCACAAUUAUAAACGCAACAAGGCUGUGAAAGUGGACUAGGUGAGUUUACCUCAAACUACAGACUUUAUUUCAGGCA